AUGGCCUCCUACGUCAAGGUGCAAGGGACUGGGCAUGUAAAUCGGUUCCCUUUGGAUGAUGCUGGCUCCCUCAACCUGGCAGUCCUACAAGCCCAGUAUCCUACUGCUAGAGGACUUCUUUACUCCGAAGACGACUGCAAAGUGGUGGUGCCGGCUCAACAGGGUAUUAUCAAACCACCGGCUGAUGGGUGGAGUGAGCGCCUCUAUUCGGUUCUCCUUCCGGAGCCAACUACCCCUCCUACAAAUGAGAAGGCGAUCCUCGACAUCCAGUCUCAGCUUAUGAAGCUGCUCCUUAAACCCCAGACCCAGUUGGUGAUGGCGCCUGAAAGGAAGAUGUCAACAUUCGAAGGCAAAGUAGGCGAGGUGAGGGAAUUCAUCACGAACAUGGAGAAUGCUUUCAAGCGGUAUUCAGUUCCAGAGGAUCAGCAAGGAGCAUUUCUUCUGGAUUACCUCCGAGGUGGCCCGAAAGCAGAGGUGAAGGCUCUCUUAGCUGAACGAAAGACGAUUGGGGAGAUCAUGACGUUUCUGCGAGAAUCUUACCGUGAUAAGCUACCCGUGGGUGAAUUGCAACGGCUGUUCCUUGAAAGAAGACAGAAUCCAGGGGAGCCUAUCCGAGACUACGCGGUUGAUCUUGAGAAGCGCUUCUUGCGUCUCACCCGAAUGGAUGCUAAGCUGUAUUCUAAGCCCGACUCAACUCUUGCUGAACAAUUCAUCGAGGGAAUUGAUGACUUGUACCUUCGCAAUUCCUGUCGGGAUCUGUACGAACGGGGUACCAUCGAGACGUUCCGUGAGCUGAGGGAGUACGCCAUCAAGCGGCAAGGGCGAGAGGAAUCCCGAAGCAAACCCAGCGACGUGUACAGUGCGGCUAUCCAAACGUCAGCACUUCGAGCGGUUGCCAACGAAGUUGUUGAUGCAGUUCGUCAAUUGACGCAACCAUCCUCUGGCCAAGCCCCGAUGACAUCCGCAAAUCCGCCAACCUACCCCCGAAGAACAGCAGAUGGCAGCACCAUCCCACACAGAGGCGUUAAACCGCAAUCCUCCGCUGUAGGGAGCCGUACCGUGGAGAUUAAUGUAGGCUCAAUUGGAGAGACUACUCCAGAAUUUAUGCAGAAGGCUGUUGGAGAAUGUUUUGCUGUUGAUGUUUUAUUUUCGAAAGUUAAAGUGACUUGUCUGUUGGAUCCAGGAUCCCAAGUCACCACUGUGGGGGAACGAUUCUUCAGUCAGUGUCUCGAACCUGUGGGCUUCAAACUUCAAGCCAUACCGGAACCAUUCACACUUGUGUCUGCUAAUGGUUCUUCUAUCCCCUACAUUGGGUGUUUUGAAACAGAUGUUGAAGCCGUCGGACUGGUCAUCCCAUCUCGGGUGGUGCUUGUAAUCUGUGAGAGGUACUCUUCACUAAAUGCUUGGAAAAGCGGGAGUGUGUAUGGUAUUCUAGGUAUGAAUGUUCUCCAGGGUUGCUGGGAGGGGCUCAUGUCUACCCAACAACAUUCCCGACUGAAAAGGAUCCCAUGGCCAACUCCAGAUCCAGUUUGGCAGAAGGCAAUGCAGACGGUUAAUCGGCGGUUGACAUUUGGUGCAGAGGAUGGACAAGUGGGACAGGCACGGUUAUGUGGACAGCCCUUGGUGCUUUCUGCCCGCCAGGGAGUGGUGGUUGAAGCCAGAAGUCGGACAGGCCCAGCUGACGAGGCAUAUGAGGCCGUUCUGGAGCCAACCAGUGAUGGAGGUCUACCAUCGGGUGUCAUUAUCCCACCAUGCCUGGUGAAAGUAGACAGUGGGAGGUUUCCUGUUGUCUUGUACAACGAAACAGACGCUGAGGUCGUAAUACCAUCGUCAACCUCACUGGGAAAGCUCUACCUGGGGUAUUCUGUGUCGUGUAAGGAUGGCCACAAAGAAAAGGAAAACUCAAAAGUGGAGAUCAAACAGGAGACGGUAGCUGUCGAAGUGCAGCCAAGCUCAAUGCCUUUAGCAGUAGAUGUCGAUGUGGCGGUCCUGGAAGAUGAACAGAAAGCAAAGGUGGCAUCUCUCCUGAGAAAGCAUGAGAACGCUUUUUCGUGUAAUGACCAAGACUUCGGUUUUGCGGAUAAAAUUACGCAUCGCAUUAGCACCGGGUCUGCACAUCCCAUUCGACAACGGCACCGACCUCUACCACCCUCACAAUACAGAGCAGUACGUGAACACAUUCAGGACCUACUCAAGAAGCAGAUUAUCCGGGAGAGCUCAAGCCCAUGGGCAUCUCCUGUGGUUAUUGUUCAAAAGAAGGAUGCCAGUAUCCGGCUAUGCGUUGACUAUCGGCAACUUAAUCGACUCACUCAUCGGGACUCAUUCCCGCUCCCUAGGAUCGAGGAGUCCCUACAGGCCCUAGGUGGGGCCAAGUUUUUCACUGUUCUGGACCUCACCAGUGGUUACUACCAAGUCGCCAUGCAUCCAGAUGACAUCGAGAAAACUGCCUUCACUGUUCCUUUCGGCCUAUUUGAGUAUACGAGGAUGCCCUUUGGCUUAUCAAAUGCUCCGGCUACAUUCCAACGUCUCAUGCAGAGGUGCCUUGGGGACCAGUGCUUUGACAAUGUCCUAAUCUAUCUUGACGACAUCAUUGUUUACUCCUCCGAUUUUGACUCGCAUUUGGCGCACCUUGACAGGGUUUUCACCAGGCUUCGGGAACAGGGGCUUAAACUCAAGCCGGCAAAGUGCCACCUUCUUCAGCAAGAGGUGCGCUACUUGGGACAUCUGGUCUCGAGCAAGGGAGUAGCAGUGGACCCGGAGAAGAUAGAAGUUGUUGUUGAUUGGCCGGAGCCUAAGACUGUGAGGGAUGUACGGGCGUUUCUUGGUUUCACUGGAUUUUUCCGGCGUUUCAUUGAGGGUUACGCCUCCAUUGCAGAGCCACUUUUUCAGCACUUGAAGGGUGACCGAGCAACAAAGAAGAAGAAGAAUAGGCCAACCAGAGAUGAGAUCGAACUAGGGUCUUCUGGCCAGGCUGCCUUCAGGUCGCUCAUUGAUCGGCUAACCAAAGCCCCGAUUCUUUCAUAUGCCAACUUCUCUAGACCAUUUCGGGUUGAGACAGAUGCCAGCGGCACCGGCUUGGGAGCCAUUCUCUUCCAGGAGGAUGAUGAUGCUCGACUUCAUGUUGUGGCCUACGCUUCGCGCACACUGAAGGCAGCUGAACGAAGUGGUCGUUACAGCGCUUUCAAGUUGGAGUUGUUGGCCAUUAAAUGGGCGGUGACCGAGGUCUUCAAAGACUAUCUCUUGGGUAACAAGUGUUGCAUCGUGACCGACCAUCACCCGUUGCUGUUUCUGGACAAGGCCAAUUUGGGAUGCACCGAAAUGCGGUGGGUCCAGCAACUCAGCUCAUUCGAGUAUGAGCUUGUCUACCGACCAGGCAAAUGCAACCAGGCACCUGAUGCCCUCUCACGGCGAUGUAAUUCCCAAAAUGAAGCUAACGUUGAUCAGGAGAACCAGAACCUAUGUGAGCCAGUCGAACCCAUGGUGAUGUUGUCAAGUUGCAUUUCAGCUUGUCUCACAGGCUACACCUCUGGUGCAUUUCUGCCACCGGCUUUGUGUCACCACAUUGAAGCCUGUCGUAUUGGCGGCAUCAGCUGUUUACCAGGAUACACUCUCAUGCAACUACACAAUUUACAACAAGAAGACCCUACCCUGGGGAAAGUCAUGAAGUUUGUUGCAAGGGGACAGAAGCCAGACAGGCAGGAGCGAAUGGGUUGUCCUCGUGAUGUUCUCCAGCUGCUGAGAAAUUGGGAUCGGCUCUUUGUCCGAGACAGCUGUCUGUACCGAAAGGUGAUAUCUCCGUCCAAUAAGCAACCUUGCUUUCAGCUGCUGCUUCCUACCAGUCUUCGUGAUGAAGCCCUCCGCAGGUUCCACGAUGAGUCUGGCCACUUUGGGUCAAAGCGCACAUUUCACCUUCUCUGGACAAGAUUCCAUUGGCACAACAUGUAUAAGGCCGUGAAAGAAUGGUGUUCCAAGUGUCGGCGUUGCGCUGUAAGCAAACCCCCUGUACGUCAGACAAGACCCCCAUUCGCCACCCUAUCUGCAUCGGCCCCGAUGGAGGUUGUUGCCAUGGAUUUUACAACCCUUGAGGCAUUGGAUGGUGGUUUCGAGAAUGUACUUGUCGUGACUGAUGUCCACACAAAGUAUGUGUGGGCCAUACCAACAAAGGACCAGCGGGCCCCCUCUGUUGCACGAGCUCUGGUACAACAUGUAUUUCUUCCUUUUGGCUGUCCCCUCCGCCUCCACUCAGACCAGGGCAGGAACUUUGAGUCCAACGUCGUCCGUGAGCUUUGUAAUUUGUAUGGUAUUCAACGGAGUCACACUACCCCGUACCACCCUGCCGGAAAUGGACAGUGUGAGAGAUUCAACAGAACCUUACACAACAUGCUUGCUGCCCUGCCUGAGAAGAAGAAGAAAAAGUGGCCAGAGUAUCUGCCUGCGCUCGUAUAUGCCUACAACAAUUCUAAGAAUUCCACUACAGGGGUGGAGCCAUUUUUCUUGAUGUUCGGUAGGAAUGGCCGUUUUCCACAUGGCUUGGUCUUAGGCGUGGAAGCCUCCCCCAAGAGUGGUAGAACCCUUGGAUCUUAUGUCUCGAGACACCAGAAGGUCCUAAAGGAAGCUCGGAGAAUUGCAAGUCGCAACACUGAACUUGCAGCGGCAGCUCGACAGGCCCGACAAGCUCGCCACAGUUUUGAGAAACCACUCGAAGUGGGCCAUUAUGUUCUGGUGCGCCAACAUGGACUCAGAGGCCGAUCCAAGAUUGCAGAUCAUUGGCUCGACGAACCACACCUGGUAAUCAAACGGCCAUUCCCAGAUCGCCCAGUGUAUGUGGUGCGGAGCCACCUUGGUCAAGAAAGAGUCGUACACAGAACAGCGCUCAAACACUGUCCUUGGCUCCCUGAAAACCGACCUGUUGAGUCGUCAUCAGACAGAGCAAGUGAUUCUGAGACCGACUCUUCGUCCUGCCCCAGGGCCUAUAUGCUCCGUCCCCGUGCUACUACCAUCAAGCCAGGUCAGCUGCCAAUCGGUGUGGAAAAUGCUCCUUCCUCCGAUGAGUCUGAUCGACCCCAACCACAGGUUAAAGAGGAGGAAGAGGUGGUACCAGAGGAGAGUCCCGAACCUUCAGCAGUAGAUACUGCCCAGAAUGGGUCUACUUCUGCAGCUCUGCCCAGGCGGUAUCCUGUUCGGAGCACACGAGGAGUGUUGCCAGAUCGUUUUUAGUAAUUUGUUGCUAUUUUGGAAAGCGUUUUCGCAUUUUCUCUUGUUCGAUUAUUGAUGCUGUGCAUCCCCAAGGAGAGCUUAGUGGUCCACUGUUUGAUCCAGGUUCUCUGGCCUUUGGUUACUGACCCUUCUGUUCAGAUCCCCAUCAUCGAGGACGAUGAUGACUAGGCGUGGAAGAGUUGUAAUGGUUGUGUUGAUUAUAUUUGUUCUUCUAUAAUGACCCCUUUCUCUGGUUGUUUAUUCACUACAAACCUUGCAUUUACUUUGUUAUUUAUUCAUGUGACUUGAGUGAAGUCUACUCAGUGUGACUCGAGACAAGGCUAUACAAAGUAUUGAUUUUUCUAGUGGAGCCAAAAAUAGUAUUGAUUUAUGGAGCUGUGAUUUUGAACUUGUAUUUUGUGAAUAUUUCUUAGUCAAGGAAAAUGAACAUUAUGUUUAGAUUUUAAAGAAGAAUUAUGCUUAUCUUGAUUAGAAAUGUGUAUUAUCAAAUUAUUUGUCAUCAUAGGUUUGGCUUUAGAUCACUUUUGUGGAUUGUUCACUUGACGUGAACUGCACGUUGUUAAUUCACAGCUCCCAAACCAUGCGGUCGCGGCAAGGCAUAGGCUAGGCAGUGCCUGCCCGAUCUUUACAGGUAAAUGUAUUGUACUUUUUUAGGUCAUUUUUGAAUGCAAUUAUUUCACCAAAAAUCCAGAUGAUUAUUACUUAUGUGCCCUUUAUUGUAUCAGCAAAUUAUUAUAGAUUAAUAUGGUGGUAGUUUUGGAGAAUGUAAUGAAGUUUUUGGAGAGAUUUUUGCUGUAAGAUUUAGGGAGCACUGUGACCAAAUGCACGAGGGUUAGCAACCCAUGUUUGCACUGAUGGCACACACAGUGUGACCAUGUGCAGUGCGCGUGCGUGAGCAGUACAUGUAUUGUGAUAUGUAACUUACAGUAGUUUGUGGUUUAAGAGUGAUUUUAUUUGGACGUAGGCCUAUAUUGCAUUAUUGGGCACUUAAUUGUCUGGAGACCAGUUUAUAGAAAUGCUUACAACUGUCACUGUCAUAUAGUUUUGGAAAGUUCAUGUAAGUUGGUGAUCAUAUUGUGCAUUUUAGGGACGGAUGUGGGUGCUUGCGGUGUGUGAUAGUGUGUGCGAGUGUUGGUCAGUCAGUGCGCAGGGCCGGCCUGUCUGUUUGUGAUUCCAUCCUUGGGUGCUCGAUGCGGUCACCAUACUUGCAUAUAGGCUUUUCACUCUUGGUAAUUAACUGGGUAAUGUGUGUAC